UCCGUAUUCUGUGAGUCUUUGGAUUGAGUCAGUAGGUUUGUUAGUCAGGGGUUAGAGGCUACGUGGUGAGGUUUGGAACCGUCAAUCUGGUUGUGCACUUGUCACCAUGGUGGAGACCCGUAGUGGGAAGAGCACUAGCCCCUACACCCAGGAGCAACAAGAGAAGAUGGUCGCCUUAGUGAGAGAAAAUAAAGAAAGGAAAGAGCUCCUGAAGCAGGCGAAGUUGAAAGUAAUCGUGGAGGAGCACGCGGCGAAAAUGAAGAAACUAGAGGAGGAGAUGGAGGAGAAGAAAAAGGCUGCCGAGGUAGAAGCAGCAGCAGAAGCAGAGGAGGAGAGAAAACGAAGAGAAAAAGAAGGGGAGAGCAGUGGCACGAAGGAUGAGGAAACGAAAUUAGAGAAGAAGAUUAGUGAGUGGAUUGCUAAUUUAUCGUUGGGGGAAGAUGAGGAGGUGCAGAUGUAUGUGCCACAGGAUGAGAAGGAAGCAUUAGCCAGGGCGCUAGCAACAAUCGAGGACCCCCUGGAACGGCAAGAAGCAGAGGAGGAGAAAAAGUUGGCGUGGAAACUGAGGAUGAAGAGGGAAAAGAAGAGAAGGAGGGAGGAAGUUAAUAGGUUGACCGCGAAGGUGGCAAAGGAGCACUUAGAGGACCAGGUCUUUGUAGUAUAUGUCAGACCUGUCAUUGAGCCUAAGGAAGGGGAUAGUUCCACGGAUCCAACCAUUGCCAAGCUGCUGGAGGAGUUCAAAGAUUUAACCGGGUCGCCGACAGGAGUAGUGUCGCGACCCAUCCAGCACAGGAUAGAGAUAGAGUCUGGCAGUAGGACUCCUAAGGGAGCAAUCUACAGGAUGUCCCCUAGAGAGUUAGAGGAGCUGCGCAAGCAGUUGGACGAGCUCCUCGAUAAGGUUUGGAUUAGGCCCAGUUCGUCUCCUUUUGGAGCACCGGUUUUGUUUGUCCCCAAGAAGGAAGUAGAGUUGCGCAUGUGUAUAGACUAUAGGGGUCUAAAUGCGAUUGCAGUAAAAAAUGUUGAACCGCUGCCGAGGAUAAACGAUCUCUUAGAUCGGGUGCAGGGUUGCAAGUGUUUUUCAAAGAUAGAUCUGAAGUCCGGUUAUCAUCAGAUUGAGGUCCACCUUGAUGACCAGUACAAGACUGCGUUCCGGACUAGAUAUGGGCAUUAUGAGUUCAUAUUGAUGUCCUUUGGACUAACCAAUGCGCCAGCUACAUUUCAGCAUUGUAUGAAUGAUCUGUUUAGACCUUGGUUGGAUAGAUUCGUCGUAGUCUACUUAGACGAUAUCUUAGUUUUCCGUAGGACCCUCCAGGAACAUCAGGGUCAUUUGCGGCAGGUCUUGGAGAAGCUCAGAGAAGCUAACUUCAAGAUCAAUGCGAAGAAGUUCGAGUGGGCCAAGACACAAGUUUUGUACUUGGGCCACGUGUUAGACGGAGAUGGCAUUAAGCCAGAGGACCGCAAGAUAGCGACAAUUCGAGACUGGCCGACGCCCCUCACGUUGACUGAGUUGCGGUCGUUCUUAGGCCUAGCUAACUACUAUGGAAAGUUCGUAAGGAACUUCUCUACUAUCGCCGCUCCCUUGCGCAGGUUGCUUAAGAAAGAGGCAAUUUGGCAGUGGGAUAAAGACUGUACAUCUGCGCUGAAGGAACUGAAGCGCGCUUUAAUAGAGUACCAUGUCCUCAAGGUAGCAGAUCCGUCCUUACCAUUUGUCGUCACCACGGACGCAAGUCGGUAUGGUAUAGGUGCCGUGUUGCAGCAAGACGACGACAAUGGCUAUAGACCCAUAGAGUUCAUGUCAGCGAGGAUGCCUUCAGAGAAGGUAGCCACCUCGACGUACGAGAGAGAACUCUACGCUCUCAGGCAGACCUUAGAGCACUGGAAACAUUAUCUGCUUGGGAGGCACUUCAAACGACAUUGGACGGGGGAGUGGCGGUUCUGGACGGAGGAGGGGCAAAACGGCAGCAGAAAAAGGAAAAGGAAAAGAAAUGUUGCAAGCACCUCCGCUACACCCUCAUCCACAGUGACCUCCAAAGACCCCACGCCGGCAAUGGACCUUUCACUGUUUGUUCCACAAGAGAAGGCGAGGCAUGACAGGUUGCAGAGGGAGAAGCCUGUGUGGAAGUACGCAGAACAGGGUCAGGAAGCCGGGGAGAAAGGGAGAGGCGAGUAUUGGGUGAGGUGUCGGUUGUGCAUGCAGAUUUGGAGGGGCACGAGCUCAAGAGCGGUGGAACAUUACCUGAAAACGCAGAAGCCGUGUCCAUCGCGCACAGGGGAAAUGGUGAAUGAGCUCGUCAAGUCCGAGGGGAAAGUGCUGCCGGGUGAUAAGAAUACGUGGUACUUGUUGAAGAAUUACAGGCAGUUGCACGGGAUUCCGGAAGGGGGGGUCGAUCAAACGGAGAAGGCCGACGAGGUGGUUGAAGUUCCCGCAUACCUUGAGCCACAGCCACCGCCCACUGCGGGCAGGGCUGCUCCACCAUGUGAUGCAGGGGAUUUACACAAGGAGAACGCUUUGGAGGCGGCGGGGGGUGAGGCAUCGGGGUCGAACACACGGCUUUCCUCACUACAUCAGUCAACAAUAAGGAGGUGGGUGGACAACGAUGCGCAGAAGAAACUGGACAUUGCAUGGGCGGAGGCCAUGUUUCGUGCUGGGAUCCCAUUCAACUUCCUGAACUUCGAUACCACCCAGAAACUCCACGAAAAGACGGUGGAGCCGUUGACGACUUGUUGGGAUGUCAGCGGGUGUACUUUCAUCACAGACGGAUCGAGUGAUCGUCGGGAGCGGCCCGUGAUGAACUUCUUGGCAGCUGGGGUGGAUGGGGCGGUUUUGGUGGCGACGAUGUCAAUGUUCGGGAGGAAGAAGACCGGAACUGCAUUGGCGAAACUUUCGGAGCAGAUCAUGAGGGAAAUCGGACCGCGUCGAAUCAAUGCGAUCUGCACUGACAACGUGGAGGUUAACAAAUGGGCGGCUCAGAUCCUGGAGCGACGAACGGACAAGGAGGUAGCAAGGAUUUCGUGGCUUCCUUGCGCUGCGCAUUGCUGCAGCCUUCUCUUGCGCGACCUCAGCAAACUCGAUUGGGUGAAGCACACCGUUAAGAGGGGCCACACAAUCGUCAAGUUCAUCAGAAAUCACCACAGCACAAACAGUCUGAUGAUGACAGUGGACGAUUCGCGCUCUCUUCUUCGGCCCACGGAGGUGCGCUUCGGGUCAGUCUACCAAAUGUUGGAGAGGAUACACGAUAGGAAGGCGGUGUUGAAGGACAUGGUCAACCGUCGGAAUGCGGUAAAGUGGAAUGUGAUCCGAUGGUCCACGUCGAAGUUGGGGGCCAGAUCGGAUCUGGUGUUCUUCACGUUGAGGAGUGAGGAGUGGUGGGCGGGGUUGGACAAGGUGGUUGAUGUGAUAGAGCCCGUGUUCGGCCUCUUGAGGCGGAUGGAUCAGGACGGUACCGGUCCCACAAACCUUGUCGAGUAUGAUGAUAUGAUAGAAAGGAAGCUUAGCCAUGUCGUUCUUACAGUGGAGCAGCGGGCGAGCGUUGGAGGUGAAUGGAAAGGGCAAGCGCACCUUGACAUUUGGAGUGACCUGAAUGAGUUCCACACCAAACCUACAAGGAACGGCCCGAAAAGGAAUGACACGAAGAUGUGGGACCCCACAGCGAAGGCGGAUGUUGACAAGAAGACACUGUCAGAAUGGUGGGCAGCACACGGUGGCGACGUGCCCGAAUUGCAGAAGGUUGCGAUCAAGGUCAUGGGCAUGUGGAGCACCGCGUCACCGGCUGAGAGGAAUUGGGCUUCCAUGGACUUCAUCCAUUCCAAACGRAGGAACAAGUUGUCACCAGAAAGCUUGGCGAAGYUAGUGUACRUACACUGGAACAUGCAGCUACUGCGUGUUCCGGAGACUAACAACAACGGAUUUGUGGACUUGUGGUGUGACUUCGUCGAGCCCGCCCCGGAGCCUGAAGAGAACGAUGGAUCGGUGUCGAAGGGGCCCGAGGUUGAGGCUGAGAAGACUGAGGAGGAGCUUGUGCGGGAACGAAGGCUCACAAAGACUCCGAAGGGAAGGGUUUCAAAAAAUCUCGAGGACAAGGACGAAGAGCUCACGAAUGACAGUGAUUUGGAUGACGAGCUGUGGAAGGGGAAGUGCGGAUUGUCGGAGGACUCGAGUGGCAGCGAAGAGGAUGACGACGAUAACUCCGAUUUCGAGCUACGACUGGAGCCGUCCGUCACCGGCACGACGUACGUCGGAAGGAGGCGGACCGAACGACAACGCAGAGAAGAGCCACGCCCGGCAGCGACGGAGCCCGGGGUAAUGGAAACUGCACUGUACAAUCCGCAAUCUGAUGUCGAGUUCGCACGGCUAGACACGGAUGUCGAGACGUUGCUGGAAACGAGGGUGGACGAAGAUGAGGAGGAUGCGAACCGUGCCAAGGCUAUGGCUGACCGGGAGACCGAACUCGUCAACAAACGUAUGAUGGAGGAGGAGGCCCGCCGUGCAGCUAUCCCGACCCGGAGAGAGAUCGAGAGAGGUCUCAAACAAGCCACGGAGCACCAACAGCAGAUCAAUCAGGCAUUGGAGGUUGAGGAAGAAGGAGAAGAGGAGGAGGAGGAGAACCAGGCUGAGGUGGGAGAUUACAUGGACCAGGAAGAAGAGGCGGAGGGCAUGGUGCAACCACAAGAGGGAGAGGAGAUGGAGCACCAAGAAGAAGAGGAAGGCACGGUGCAAGGCGGGGAGGAAGAGGAAAUGCAGCAGGAAGAGGAGGGGGAAGGAUUGGCGCAGCAGAAGAUGCAGCACGGCGAGGUCGAUACAGCCCGUGAAGACGAGCCCCAUCCCACAGCGACAGCAGUGUACACAUGCAGCCCCCGGCCAGCGGAGUUUCCUGAGUCCGAGGAGAAGAUACCGGAAUUCCCCACAAUGAGGGAGGAUGUCCAGCAUGACAACCUGUGGGUGAGUCGAGUGGGCAGGAAGAGAAAGGAGCCAUCACAGGACGCUCCUGCGCAGCCAAAACGUCCUCGUGGCAGACCGCGGAAGCAAAAGACCGACACGGCCACUACACCGGUUAAAAAAAAGAAACAGCGCCUCAAGCGCAAGGCGGUCGUGGAGGAUGACCCGGAAUCAGCUGACUGCAGCGAAUAUCCAUAUGAGGAUGAGGGCUGCGACGUUGAUUCCGAACGAGAUCAGCAUGUCCACAAAUCUCUGUCGUUCAGUUUGACGGGGCGACCAAUUGGCUUUGAGUGGUCCUUGGAGGAGGCACCACCAGGGGCCUUCGGCCCAUUGAUAUCCCGCAUCAACGACAUUGGUGCAAGUGCAGAUGAAUCUGGACCCUCGACUUUGUCUCUUCCAAUGUCUCUCCUCCCACAAGGAAAGUAUGUUAUCCGGUUGACUGUGCAGGACUUCCUAUUGCGCCCGAGCUCGACACUUUUCAGGUUCACGUCUGUCCCAUUCGAGGUGGUCCCACGGGUGCGUAUUCUUGGUCCCACCGAUAUCACCAUCAGGUAUGAUGAAGAACUGCGCAUCGAGAUUGAUGUGGACCCCUGGUCACUUUGCGCUGACAGCAAGUUUGCAGAUGCUUUACCACAGUCAAAAGUAGUUCCGACCAUGGUGGUAUUCCACUGGACGUUCAAGCCAAAUUCUGCGCAGUUUAUUCUGCCGAGAAGUCCCGGGAGCAGAUUUGGCACGGACGGCAAGGUGACCUCAUUCGUGAACAAAGACCUGAUCAUCCCAGCAAAGUAUCCGUCUGUAAAGGUUGGUGUGCCAUAUUCAAUGGAAAUCACGGCUUCAAUUCUGAACUCAGAUAGUCAACUGCUGGCUAGGCCAGGCCGAGCAGAGGUCACGUUCACAUAUCAACGAGGACCUAUUAUGGCCAAAAUAUAUGGUGGGGAACGAAGCGUCUACAGCAGUGAUACACUGACGCUUAACUGUGCUGGAUAUAACAGUCUGGACACCAUUGGAACUACAAAUCCUUCUGUCCUUCCACAAGUCAACCCUUAUGGCCAUGGGGACAAGCUCCAUCAUCCCGGGUAUGGAGAAAAGUCAAGGGGUUUGACUUUGACGGCUGUCACGGACUUCAACGUCCAACUAUAAAAAUUAACAAGCAAAAUCACUCAAUAAAUAAACAGGCAUCCCAAUA